CCCACAGGAACAUGGUGAGCUCAUAAUUGAAAGGGAAGCUCAUAAUUGAAAGGGAGCAGUACAUGCCAUUCCAUCUUCAAUUGGCACCAGAUUAUGCCCGUUUCAGUCUUUUAACUCACAAAUAGUAUCUUCAAUGGCACAAGCAACCAAGAGGUAUGCGGUGGUUACAGGAGCAAACAAGGGGAUUGGGUUUGAAAUUUGCAGGCAGUUGGCUUCAAAUGGGAUUGUGGUUGUUUUAACAGCCAGAGAUGAGAAGAGAGGCCUUGAAGCUUUUCAAAAACUCAAAAACUCUGGUUUCUCUGAUCUUCUUGUGUUUCAUCAGCUUGAUGUGGCUGACGCUGCCAGUAUUGCUGCUCUUGCUGAUUUUAUUAAAACUAAAUUCAGAAAGCUUGAUAUCCUGGUGAACAAUGCUGGGGUUCUGGGAAACAAAGUUGAUGGUGAUGCUUUCAUAACCGAGCCUGGUAAGGAAGGUGCAAGUAUCAAUUGGCAUAAAACUCAUCAAACAUACGAGUUAGCUGAAGAAUGCCUGACAAUAAACUAUUAUGGUGCCAAAAGAAUGGUUGAGGCACUUAUUCCACUUCUCCAGUUGUCUGAUUCGCCAAGGAUCGUUAAUGUUUCAUCCUCCAUGGGGAAGUUGAAGAAUGUAACAAAUGAAUGGGCUAAAGAGGUGUUUGUUGCUGCUGACAACCUAUCAGAAGAGAGAAUUGAUGAGGUGUUGAGCAAGUAUCUAAAAGAUUAUAAAGAGGGUUCACUCGAAAGCAAACGUUGGCCUGCUUUUAUGUCUGCCUAUAUACUCUCAAAAGCAGCUAUGAAUGCCUACACAAGAAUCCUAGCCAAGAAGUUGCCAAUUUUUCGCAUCAAUUGUGUCUGCCCUGGCUUUGUGAAAACAGAUAUUAACUUGAAUAUGGGAGUAUUAUCAGUUGAAGAAGGGGCUGAAAGCCCAGCGAGGUUGGCACUGUUGCCUAAUGAUGGUCCUUCUGGUUGCUUCUUUGUUCGAAAAGAGGAGUCACCUUUUUGAUUGGGAAUGACGCAUAGUAGGAGUUUCUCUGAUUUUUAUAGUUGGAGAAUAAUAUCAGAUUAUGUAUCAUAUAGUCUGAGUAAUAUGUGAAGUAGUUGUUGUUGUUGGUUUUUUUUUUUUUUUUUUUCUACCAUGGAAACCUUAAAGGAACAAUUCUGUAAUGAACUUGGUUUUGAUAUAAUGAGUUAGCUGAAGUAGUAAAUAAUUUAGCGCAA